AUUUUACUGCGAAGUGAGCAGAUAUUUACUUACGUCAUCGGCGGUGGGCGGGGCCUGCGUGCGCUUCCGGAAACAUGGAGGCUGUAUUGAGUGAUGUUGUAGCUCCUGAAGACCUUUUAAAAUUUGAGAAGAAAUACAACAAUGAGCUGAUAAAGGGAGCUGUCUCCAAAGAAACAAAGUUUGAAUACGCCUGGUGUCUGAUCAGGAGCAAAUACACGGAUGACAUUAAAAAGGGAAUCGUACUGUUGGAGGAGCUUGUUCAAAAAGCUUCAAAGGACGACUCCCGGGACUUUUUGUUCUACCUUGCAGUGGCCAACUACAGACUCAAAGAAUAUGAAAAAGCGCUGAAGUACAUCCGAACUCUUCUAAGGAAUGAGCCGGGGAACAAGCAGGCUCUCGAGCUGGAGAAACUUAUCGACAAGGCUUUAAAGAAAGACGGCCUGGUUGGCAUGGCGAUUGUUGGGGGAAUCGGCCUUGGCGUGGCCGGUUUAGCUGGCCUUAUCGGCCUGGCUGUGUCAAAGGGAGCUGCCAAAUCCUAACCUGGAAACAAAACAGCGUGUCUUCAUUGUGCUGAACUGACACACUGGCCCUUUUCUUCUGCAUAACACAGUUUUUGUGCUGAGAAACUUUGAAGGAUGUGCUUUAAAAAUGAGUUUUGCUGCAGCAGAUUACUGGUGAACAACCUGUUUUCAUACUCCCCAUACAUGACUUACUUACCUUUGUAUCACGCACUAUAGCAUGGCACUUUCUAAUUCCUUUUGUAAAAAGAAAAUAAUAAUCACAUAAUGUUAUCUCAGUCUCAGCCUAAGCUCUCUAUACUGACAUGAUUUUGUAAAAAUACCUUUACAAAGUGGUGGUUAUGUAAUGGUUUUAAUUAUUUUGGAAGUUGCUAAAGAAUGUGACAGUGCAGUAGAUGGUAAAGCCAAAUGUUUGUCGGUGAGGUUACAGUCACUCUUUUGUCCUGCUGUCAAGCAAAGUUAAGUGUUUGUUUCAACAGUUUGUGUUUAAUUGUUAGACCAUUGUACUUUUAUGUUAAAGGAGGAAAAACAUGUAUGACUUUUCUUGUUAAAUGUGUUUUCUAACAUUCACCAGCCUCGAGGGUUGUUUGUUCCAUCAUGAUUAAACAGUAUUUUCAGCUGAAAUAAGA